AUGAAGUUAGUAAGAUUUUUAAUGAAGUUACAUAACGAAACAGUUACAAUUGAAUUAAAGAAUGGUACAAUCGUUCAAGGUACAAUUGCAGGUGUUGAUGUCAGCAUGAAUACCCAUUUAAAAACAGUAAAACUUACAUUAAAAGGAAAGAAUCCAGUCAAUUUAGAUACAUUAAGCAUUAGAGGAAAUAAUAUUAGAUAUUACAUUUUACCAGAGUCACUCAAUCUUGGCACUCUUCUUGUUGAUGACACUCCAAAAUCCAAACCUAAAAAAGUUAAACCAGUUUCAGAUAAACCAAGUAGUAGUAGAGGUGGCGCUAGAGGCGGUAGAGGUGGUGUAAGAGGUGGUAGAGGUGGUAGAGGUGGUAGAGGCGGUAGAUAG